GGGACAAUAAGAGACGGUUUUGUGAGACACGUGUUGCCCUUUGGGCCUGUCUCUUUGAGAAGAGAGAGAGAGAGAGUUGAAGAUCGAUGGCUGAAGGCGCGAUGAUCCCCAGCAACUGAAGAAGAGAAGCCAGAGCUUCAGGCAGAGGCUACUUCCCUGGAGCCUUUCUUCGAUGCCUAUCAUCAGGCAGAAGCUGAAUCCUGGCCUCCAACGUCACGAGAUGUCUCUCCUCCGCCUCUUCGAGACUGUCUCCGAUGACUACGUCACACUUGCCCUCAUCCAGAUUAAAUUGACUGAUGUUACUGAUCCCAUGGUCAAUGAGAAGGUUGCUGAUCAGCGGGGGACUUCAGUGCUAGUUAACUUACUGAAACACUUAAUGGGUUUAUACAGGAUGAGCUGCGUGAUGUUGUUCUGCUCGUGUUUGCUAACAAACAGAAUCUUCCAAAUGCCAUGAACGCAGCUGAGAUCACCGAUAAGCUUGGUCUCCACUCUCUCCGUCAGCGUCACUGGUAUAGAUGAAACAUCUCAAUCUUCGUUUUGAUUUGUUCUCUUGCUUAUAAUGUUUCUCUGAUCAAUUUGUUUCUCUUGCUUAUAACGUUUCUCUUGCCUAACCGCAAUUUGUUUAAUUUAUUUUCUUCUUAUAUAUGUGCAAGUUGUAAUACUUUCUUCUAUGUUCUUGUGGCUUGAUUCUUGCAGGCGUAGAGGGAAAGAUUGUGGUUGAGCUGAUUUUGCUGGGCAAAUCUGGAUGCAGGUGCAAACAUUAUCUGAUUUUUUUUUAUUGUUCUGUUCUUUUUUUUUUGGUUUCGGGUAUGUGAAUUUGAUUUUGUGAUCGUUGUUCUGAUUGUGCAAGGAGGAGUUUCUUGCACGUAGAACAUAGAAACUACCUUUUUAUAUAGUUUGUAAUCAAAGAUUUACUCUACUUAUUUCUGCUUCACGUUUCAUUGUUGAGAUGAUCUUGUUCCCUGUCAAAACAUGUUGAGCA